AGCGAGCUAAAAAACAACCAGCAUGUCAACAAACACGUGAAAUCGGCCAUCCGCAACUUGCAGCGCUCCAAAGUCGACAUGACACCGAGCCUUUGAUCGGACCCAAGAUUCAUCAUGUCCUUGUCCAGAAUGGGUGGACUGGCUCAGUCUCGCCUCCACCGUCUCCUCCUCUGUCGGGCCCAAUGUUCAACCCAGAGCGUGAUCCCGACGGAGCGGCGCUUCCUGGAAAUCGCCCCUCAAGAGCGAGGCUCGCGUCCCGCCCAGUCGUCCAUGUGGACGAGGGGUCCACUAACGGCCACACCGUGGCUCCCGAUGGCUGGGCGACAUUUCUCCACUUGCCCAAUUGUCCGGGACUCGGUCUCCGUGAUCGAGGCCGUGAAUCACACGCCGGAGGCGGGCGAGGCGGCGGGUGAGGCCGCGACCAGCUCGGCCACGGCUACUAGCUUGGAUGGCCAAGCGGAACUGGUGCUGGACUUUAUUCCCGAACGACCCACACCCUUGGCUGAGGGCGGUACGCUAGCCGAGGGGGUGGAGCCUUCAUUGGAGAGCUUGGGUCUGGCGUCUUGGUGGCCGCCUGGACGAUUUCAGUACUUGCUGGAACUUUUUCACGUCAAUUUGGAUGUGCCCUGGUGGGUGGCCAUUGUGGCGGUUACGGUCUCGUUACGUAUUCUGCUAUUUCCAAUGGUGGUGAGUGCCCGUAGAGCGGCCAUCGACCUCAACAACAAAAUGCCUGGCAUGGUGGCCUUGCAAUCAGAACUGGGUGAGGCCCGCAAACGAGGCGACAUGUACGAAACUCAACGCAUCUCCAUGGAUUUACAAAAGUACAUGAGGAAAAACGAAAUCAAGCCCUGGAAGAGCCUCACGCCCAUGUUCCUUCAGGCCCCCAUUUUCAUCUCCAUGUUCAUGGGAUUGCGAAACAUGACGACAUUGCCCGUGGAGAGCAUGGAAACGGGCGGGUUAUUGUGGAUUACCGAUCUCACCGUGCCUGAUCCGUACUACGUCCUACCCGUGGUCACAGCCGCCUCGGUAUACCUCCAAUUGAAAGUGGCCGCCGAUGGAUUGUCAAAUCGAAAUAUGGGCUAUUGGGGAAAGUUUUUUAUGAGCGGAUUUCCCUUCCUCAUUUUGCCGCUAAGCGUCAACAUGCCUGCGGCCAUCACUUUUUAUUGGGCUACCACCAACAUGUUUUCAAUCCUGCAAGCCGGCGUGCUGAGAAUUCCCGUCAUCCAGAAAAGUUUGAAGUUCCCGGAAAAGCGGAUUCAACCAGCGUCAACGGCGAGCUCCAACCAAAAAGGAUUCGUGGCCAACGUUAGGGAAUCACUUGACAACUUCAAAGUUCAAUCUGAAGUGGCAGAUCGUCGACAAGUGGACGAACAAACAUUCAAAGAAGCGGGUGUGAAGAAACCCCGACGAACAUACAGAUUCGAUCCAACGCGACCCUCGCUUCCCAAUAAAUAGUCAAGCGUGUGAUACAAAUAGGUUGGUUUUUCUUUAAAAAAACAAAUGAAAAACAAUUUGAUGAUGGCAAGAAUGAUUUCCAUCACUCUUCAUGCUCCUCCAAAACGCCCAAGAAUAGUUGUUGGAUGAUGAGAUCGAAUGAAUCUGUAAUGAAAAGCCAAGGCGUA